CCAUCCUCCGUCAGGCCUUUGUGCUCUGGGUUUUUAAUCCCUCAGGGACCUCUUUCUUCUCUCCCGUCGGAUCCUCGCGCAGAGGAAAGAGCUUGCCACAGCCAUGACCAAAGACGACUCAGCAGAGCUCCCUUCUGAGGAAGACCACCAGCCCCUGGAAUUCCAGAGCCCAACAGUGGAGAGGAGGAAGAAACCCAUCGUCCACCCUUCUGCCCCAGCCCCGCUCCCCAAAGAUUAUGCUUUCACUUUUUUCGACCCCAAUGACCCGGCUUGCCAAGAAAUCCUGUAUGAUCCCAUCACCACAGUCCCGGAGUUGUUUGCGAUCAUCCGCCAAUGGGUUCCCCAGGUGCAGCACAAGAUAGACAUGAUUGGCAACGAGAUCUUGAAGCGGGGUUGCCACGUCGAUGACCGGGAUGGGCUGACAGAUAUGACUCUCUUGCAUUACGCUUGUAAAGCUGGCGCACACGGUGUCGGUGAUCCAGCUGCUGCAGUGCGUCUCUCGAACCAGCUGUUGGCUCUAGAGGCAGAUGUGACUCUGCGCAGCCGCUGGACCAACAUGAACGCCCUGCAUUACGCGGCUUACUUUGAUGUCCCGGAACUCAUCCGCAUCCUCCUGAAGGCCUCCAAGCCAAAAGUUCUCAACUCAACGUGCAGUGAUUUUAACCAUGGAACAGCCUUACACAUCGCUGCUUCAAAUCUGUGUUUGGGGGCUGUGAAGUGUCUUCUGGAACACGGGGCCAACCCUGCUGUCAGGAACAGCAAAGGCCAGGUCCCAGCUGACGUUGUGCCAGACCCCAUGGACAUGACGUUGGACAAGGCUGAGGCCGCCAUGGUCGCCAAGGAGCUGAAGCAGCUGCUCCUGGAUGCGGUGCCUCUGAGCUGCAGCCUCCCCAAGGUCACCCUGCCCAACUACGACAAUAUUCCUGGGAACCUCAUGCUCCUCUCCCUUGGCCUCAAGCUCGGCGACCGAGUCCUUGUGGAUGGGCAGAAGGUGGGCACCUUGCGUUUCUGUGGCACAACCGAGUUUGCGAGCGGCCAGUGGGUAGGCGUGGAACUGGAUAAGCCGGACGGCAAGAAUGAUGGCAGUGUGGGUGGAAUCCGUUACUUUAUUUGCCCACCAAAGCAUGGAUUAUUUGCUUCAGUGUCCAAGAUCUCCAAAGCUGCUGACCAAACACCUUCAUCCGUAACCUCCACCCCACGGACCCCGCGCGUGGACUUUUCCCGCAUGACAGCAAAAGGGCGCAAGGAGAAGGACAAGGACCGGAAAGCUCUCAGGAAGAAAUCCUUAUCUGUUGGCAGCCUGGAUCGUGAGGGACUGAAGAUCGACAUUGGGGAUCAGGUCCUGGUGGCGGGACAGAAGCAAGGCAUCAUUCGCUUCUAUGGGAAGACCGAUUUUGCCCCAGGCUACUGGUUUGGGAUCGAGCUGGACAAGCCCACGGGGAAACACGAUGGCUCUGUCUUUGGAGUUCGCUACUUCACCUGCGCUCCCAAGCAUGGAGUUUUUGCUCCUCCUUCCAGGGUCCAGAGAAUUGGAGGCCCCCAGGACUCCCAAGAUGGCACUUCAGGGAAGAAGGUGCACCAAGUUACCAUUUCACAGCCAAAGCGCAACUUCACCACAGUCAGAUCCCCGAAAGACAUCACAUCGGAAAAUUCCAUCUCUAGGAUCCUUUUCUGUUGCUGGUUCCCGUGGAUGCUCCGUGCGGAGAUGCAGCCGUAGAGUCCCUGCGUCCUUUNCCUCCUCCUCCUCCUCUGCUGUUUCUUCGCUCUCCACGUAAUCAAAGACUACUCUUCAUCUGUCGCUCACCUCUCCUUCCCCCACUGCCGUUCUAGUGAACCCCAGUGCCUUGCUAAACCAUAUGGCCACCCCUGGUAGUUUGUGAGAAAUGCGAAACCCGUCCCGUUUGUUCCCCACUUCCUGAGCCGUGGCACAACAGGUCUCUUCUAGCACUUCUUUUCCCGUUGGAGGAACUGGCAACUGCCGUGGGAGUCCUUUUUCUUUACCUGAACUGGCACCCCUUCAGUUAUGGUUUGGAAACAAGUCUCUGAUCUUUCCCGCAGGGUGUACAGAAAAGAGGCCCAACUCUGAAAUCUUAACUGCCCCUCCUGGAAAGCCCCACAUGCACGUUGCAGCCUCUAGGAAGCAAACCCACUUUGCCUUCGUGCAAAACCAAGGCUGCAGGCUGAGUCUCCCCUGGUUUGCAACUGACUCGGUCCUCUUAAGGUGACCAGGGAACCAGGCACCGUUUUGUCUAAACCUGCUGGCUGGGGAAUUCUGGGAGCUGAAGUCCACACCUCCUAAAGUUGCCAAGGUUGAAAAACACUGCCUUAGUCCAGCGUAGACCAAGAAUACUACAUUGAGGAAGGCUGUGAUAAAUAAUCACUGUGUUUGGUUAACCAGUUAGGAUCCUAGCCACAAGCAGGUAGCUUGUGUCGGCCUCAUGGGGUAAACCAGAUAGGAAUCACAACCAGAGGAGCUAAUUCUACUCUACUGUAAAGCUACAUUGACAG